AUGUCGACGAGGCAGCUUCGCAAGCUGCAGAAGCAGAGAGAGCUAGAGGCAAAGGUUGGCCAGGAGUCUGAAGGCAGCGACGGCAAUGCUAGCGACGACGAAAUUGUUCCUGUAGUGGCAAAACCUCGGGCGAAUCUGUUUGCUGCACUCGGAGGUGACGAUGGUGACGAUGGUGAUGAGAGCGAAGAGGUAGAGCAAGAAGCGAAAGGACCGGCUUCACCUGUGGAAGAGCCAGAGCCAGCUGCUCCAACUACUGCCAGAAAGAACAAAAAGAAGAAGAAGAAGAGCAAGAAGAAUAAGGCGGCGACUCAGGCUCAGGAUGUUGAAAACAGCCAAGAUGAUGAGAUUGACCGAGCCAUCAGAGAGCUGAAAAUUGAGCCACGGGUUCAGGAUGGAUCUUCACAGGACAAUGCCUCAUCGCUCAACAACAUUCUGAAAACCAACCCUUAUAACCUUAAAGUCGCCAAUGAGAUGCGAAACCUAUUCGGCCGGGACAUUAUCGAGUCAGCAGCGGUAGACGACGAGGAGCAGCGCCGCGGGGCACGCCGAAGGGGCAUGCCGCAACAGAUGGACAUAGAGACUUUCCUCAAGUGGCCGACGGACGACCGCAAGCUGCCAGAGAGCUCUCGAAAACGCAACGUCUUUAUCCAUGGGAGAGAGCACUGGCCGCUGAAGCCGACUGGAGGCCUAUCCAUGAAAGAGCUCGGCAAGACUGCCGAUGGAACUGGAGUCGAAUACACCUAUGUACACAACAAGGACUACGAUGAUGUUCAAACUAUGUUUUUUGUGCAGGUGCAGAUGGGCGAUCCAAUGAGGAUGGUGUACCUGCUCAAAAGAUUUCCCUACCAUGUCUCGACUCUCCUCCAGGUGAGCAGUGUGGCAAAGCAAGACCAGAACAUGGCUCUCUCCGCAGAACUAUGUGAGCGCGCCCUAUUUAGCUUUGGCCGAGUGGCCCUCUCGUCUUUCAAGCAAAAUCUCGAGCAUGGAAUGGCUCGCUUGGAUUUCAGGAGACCGGAGAACCGCCAGUUCUGGCUCGCGGGAUACCACUACAUAAAAAGCCUUAUAAGGAAGGGAACUUAUAAGACUGCGCUGGAGUGGGCAAAGCUACUCUACUCUCUGGAUCGUAGCGAUCCUUAUGCGAUGAGACAUAUGAUUCACUCUCUGGCUCUAAAGGCACACGAAUCAGACUGGCUCCUGGAUUUCUUGGGCCAACUAGACACAAAGGGUGAACGAGAAGACACAGAAUAUCUCGCCCAGAGCAGAAUAUUGGCGAGACUGCAGAUUGGCGAUAUCGAACAAGCUAGGCAAGAUAUCGUCGAUGGAAUGAAGAAAGUUCCCUGGUUAUACUCGGCCUUAUUCCAAACGUUGAAUCUUGACAUCCCACCGUCUAUCUGGGGCAUCAAAGCUGAGGGAGGAACCCGCCCCUUUUUGACACAAUUAUAUGUGCAUCAAGUAGGAGACUUGUGGAAUAGCCCCGAAGCAAAGUCACUCUUGGAAGCUGUGGCCAAGAGCAUCGAUCGGGCAGACGUUGAGAAAACACCGGCCGCAGCCGACCUCCCAAUUGACAUGGGCCUCGCCAGGUUGGUCUUCUUAAAUGGGGAGACAUCUCUCAUGGGGCUAUUGCCGUGGGAUGUAUUUGACCAGCAACCCAACUACGAAUUCGAUCCGCUGCCGCCCGCGGAGGAAGACAACAUCUUUACGGCAGAAGGAUGCAGGCUCCCCUGGCGCGAGCGAGAGACUGCCAGGGGGCACCCCCCGGCGGCUCUUGAGGAGUUCUUUGCUCAAGUGGAAGAGCUAAUCGGGCAUCCAGGUAGAGGGGCAAUUGCUGGAGAUGAAGAAGACGCAGAAAACCCAGCCGGACGCCAAAUGCUGGCAUUGCAACAGUGGGCUAACGGCGAAAUUGGGGAUGUUGGACUCAACCAGAAUGCUACGGACGAGGGGCUUGAGCAGGAUGCUGCGAAUGAGGCGCCAGAGAGCGCUGAGGACCAAGGGCUCAUGCGCAGGUUCAUGCAGAUGUUUGGAUUUGGACGUGGUGCCGGGGCCGCUGACGCGACGGAGACUGGGGCCCACGAGGCAGCAACAGAGGAGGAGGGGGAGGAGGAGGAGAAUAAUGACGAUGAAGCUCGCAGAUAG